UUUUGAUGGUUUUUCCCUGUUUUUUCCUCUCCAGGUGCCAGCAUGUCCACGGAUGGUGGCUUUGGCACGGGGAGCAGCGAUGCCCAGCAGAGCCUGCAGAGCUUCUGGCCACGGGUGAUGGAGGAGAUCCGGAACCUGACCGUGGAAUUUUUAUUUUUGUUGUUGCAGAGGAACGACAUUGCCAUGGCCAUCACCAAAUUCGAUCAAUUUGAUUUUCUGAUCGAUAUCGUGCCCAGGGAUGAGCUGAAACCUCCAAAAAGGCAGGAGGAGGUGCUCCAGGCACCUGAUUUCCACAGCUCUGAACCACUGGCACUUUUACACAUUACCCUGACUUGGUUGAAGUGUUCUGAGGGAGAUGUUGAAGCUCCUUUGCCAGGGGAUGUGUCUGGGGAGAUGUUUGGCCAUGGGGCAGGUGGGAUCCAUGUUCCCAUCCCCAUUCCUGGUGUUUCCCUGCAGGUGCACCAGGCACCUGAUUUCCACAGAGCUGAACACUGGAGCUCACCGUUUGUUUUUGUGCAGACCACCCCUGUGACCAUGCAGGUGGGAGAGGGGCAGCAGGUACAGAUCGUGCAGGCCCAGCCCCAGGGCCAGAGCCAGCAGGCUCAGAGCGGCACAGGACAAACCAUGCAAGUGAUGCAGCAAAUCAUCACCAACACGGGAGAAAUCCAACAAAUCCCGAGGUUCCUGUGUCACCUUCUGUGCCUGCAGCAGCUGUACCAGAUCCAGCAGGUGACAAUGCCAGCGGGCCAGGACAUCACCCAGCCCAUGUUCAUCCAGUCCACCAACCAGAGCUCGGACACCCAGGCCACCCAGGUGACAGGGGACUGAGCAGGGACCUGGGGACAGUCCCCAAAUCCAAACCUCUGCCAGACCCAGCAGCACCCUGGGACUGAGCCUGUGGCAGCCUCUGCCAUCUCCACCUCGCUCUGCUGGCCUUGGGAUUAUCCAGGAUAUCCAGGAUAUCCAGCAGACUCUGCCAAGAAUGCAAUAUUUUUAUUUUCCGAACCAAUCUUUGUGUAUCCAGCUGCUUUUCCAAACCCUGGGAGAAGCCAUCCGAAGGGAUUUGGAGCAUCUCAUUGAACAAAUGUUGGAAAUGUUUUUAUUUCUAGGAAAAUCCUGAGGGUACUGCUCCUGUCAGAGCUCUGUUCCUGUUGUUCUCUUUGUAUUUUUUUUUCUCUAGGUUUGGUCCUCCCAUCUCAGUGAGUUUUAGGGAAUUUUUAGUGGGGGGAGUGUUUGUGGUUUAGAUUUUUCCCUCCUGCCUCCUUUUUUGGAGCAUUUGCUGUAUGCAGGGAAUAGGAGGAGGAGGAGGAGUUGAAGUGAAACAAAAUUAAAAAAAAAACAACAUUCCUUGUAUUAUGAUUGUAUUUUUUAAGAGCAAAAAAAUGCUUGAAUUUGGCCUCUGGAUUCCAGAAGAACUGAUGGAAUCUGGACAAAACCCCAACCCUGCUGUUACCUGUUAUCCUGGCUUUGGUUCAUGCAUGUAAUAUAAGCUUCAAGAAAGGAAAUAAAUUUGCUUNAUGUUAG